AUGUCGCCCGUUCUGGCCCCUGGCAAACAUUUGACUAUGGUCUCUAAUGCCACGUUUCUGACUAUGGAGCUGCCAAUCACCAGAGUGGGCUUCUCAGUGGCCUUGGCCCAGGAUGGGUUGUCUGAAGAAGGAACUGAAACAAAGGCAUGCUUUCCUGAUAUGUGCGAGUUAAUCGAAGAGUUUGGGGCCAUGAAAGCAAAGCAAGAAGCUAUGGAAACAAGUCUGAAGGAGACUGAAAACCAGGUGCUAGAGCUGAAAAACAAAGAAGCAUCAAAGGUCGCAUUUAGUGCUGCAGCUGGUGGUCGUGGAACUAUUGGGCCCUACACCACAGAUACAACCAUGAUCUAUAAUACAGUGAUAACGAAUGUGGGCAAUGCCUACAAUCAGCAGACAGGUAUUUUUGUUGCACCUUUUGCAGGCAUGUACUACUUCACCUUCUUUUAUCAUGCUGGAGGACAAGAUUCUUCAGGUCUAGUCCUGGUGAAGAACAACCAAUAUAUUAUAAGUACUACUGACCAUUCAUCAUCUGACUCAGCUGAUAAUGGAGGCAAUGCAGCAUUCCUGCAAUUGCAGCAAGGCGACCAAGUAUCUAUCCGGUUGUAUGCUAACUGUCAUGUCUGGGGAAGCAAUUAUCGUACCUCAUUCAGCGGUGUUCUUCUGUAUUCCCUCUAA